AUGGCUUUGACUGACAAUGAAAACGCAAGCUCGCUAAGUUCUCCUGACGGCUCCGACACGCCUAUGGAGGACAAUUCUGAGCAGACCAGCAAAUCGCUAUUUGUCGAAUCGUUAUCGCUGAAAAGUCAGCUUGAACUGCUGAUCUACGAUCAAGCAACACGAAACGAAUUAUUGUAUAGAUCAACAGGACAAACGUCUGAUGAAGGCUUGUUUGAAGACAUAUUCGAUGGUAGCGUGUACAUGAUGCACGGAGACGGCUUGUUCGAAGACGAGCUGGAUAUCGCGCUGGCAUUUUACACAGACGGCUUCACAGCAAAAGGCAAACAGAUGACCAUCUUACACCUCAGGUCCGCUCCUGUGGAUGUUCCUCCUGCUUCCCCUGCUCCCAAGGGACCUACCUUCAUCCAAGGUACUGCUGCGUCUCAGCACGCAAACGUCGAGGCUGUUCUGAAAACGAACAUCAGCCAUUACCGACAAAAACUGGACAAGUUGGUUCUCCAAUAUGGAGUUGUCAUCACCACUGCACGUCCAAACGUCUUGAAAGAUAUCAUGACGGGAUAUCCAACGCACCAAGACUGUCCUAGCCAAAUCCAAGGUUCGACCAUCUGGCGAGCCAACCAUGAGGUCUUUGAAUCUGUGCAGCAUUUCCUACAAACCUUUGCCAAGAUCCUUGCGUCUAUGGAUGUAAAAGUUGAUCUGAUCAUGGGGCUCAUCAUGAAUUUCCAUCGAUCCUUCACUAUGAGAAUCGCAAUAUGCUCCAAGCUUGUGUUUUGCCUGGCCCCCGAACGCCCAAGAACUUGUUCAGUUUUUGAAGCCGAUGCUGAAAGAAUCGAAGGGUUUACAGCAAGACAUACCGAUGGAAGUUGA